AUGGCGGAACCCAUCGGACUCGCUUCUGGAAUACUUGCCUUGGCAACUUUCGCAUUUCAUGGCACGGUUUCGCUUUAUGAGACGGUGAACAAUUUUCGUUCACAUCCAAAGCGUGUGCGCGACCUUCUCGAAGAGCUCGGAGCUUUGAGGGCUGUGUUGGCGCCCCUAAUUGAGCUAGUUGAAUCGAACUCUGAUGCGAACCUCUCAGCCCUAGAUCUGCCGUUAUUUCGGUGCGGGAAUGCUUGCAAGGAGUUUCAGCAGGAGUUGGUUCGGUGCGCGUCACGAUCGAGCAAUAAUCGAGCCAGCUUCCGUGACUGGGCGAGACUCACGUACAUGGGUGAUGAUAUCGAUGAUUUUCGUAACCUGCUGGCAGGAUACAAGGCCACAAUUAAUAUUGCUUUGACUGAUGCAACUUUGCGCAAAUCUGCGGUCGCUGUCGAAAGCAUUGAGAACUACGAGGCUCUGAUUCAGGAUGCAAAAGAGGAUUUGGGAGCUCGACUCGAAAAUAUAGAUCGAAAGUUAGAGCAGCUGGCUGAGAAGGACGGCACCCUAUCCGAUCCGGAUGCAGCCGAACUGCACUCUCUGAAGGAGGAGCGCCGGAGUACAGAGAAAUGUCUUCAGAUUUGCGCCCAGUUGUCAAAUCAUAUCGACCAAAUCCAGCUGUUAUCCGACGACAGGAGUUCAGCUGGAGGAUCUGAGAUGGGUGAUUCGUCGCCUGAGACUGUUACGAACAAAGGCUUACAGGAAUGUAAAAGAAGCCUAAUUGCGACAACCGCCAAGUUGGAAAAGCAUAUGCAGGAGAUCAUGGAUCAGCUUCUUGCUAAAUCAAAAAAUAGGAUCUCCUGUGAUGACGAUGCCCAAGUGCUAUCGCGGCUACGUGAUGAAUGGGAAGCUGCUCGGCAGUGUCUGGAUAUUUGCUCUCAUGCGGAUAGUCACUUCAAGGAGUCUGUUAGUAAUAUUGAAAACCAUGGCACUGGGGACGCUCUUCAGUUCAUGGUCUCCGCAAAUGGGAAGGUUCUCCACGGGAAAAACCGAGGCUUGGGCUGGAGAAGCAGACAAGUAGGAGGCUAUAUGAGCAACGGAACAAUCCAGCAGCUAUCGCGAGAUCUCACAGUUCAACAUCCUAUUUCUCUGAGAGGUGACGAGCCUCCCUCAAAGACCAGCUUUAUGUCAGAUGCAAGCGAUGUGGCGGAAGGUCAGACGACGCCGGAGUUCAAGGAACGGUAUGGGCGGGGCUUUACCCUAAGACCAACACUCAAGCCAGAAACAAACACAACAUUCCGCAGUAUGAGCAGGGAGUGA